AUGGAAGCCCCUCUUGUGUGUUUGGAUGAGGAGUUUGAGGACCUCCGCCCGUGCCGGAUGGAUGAGCUGGACCAUCCAGCGCUCAACCACUCCUCUUACUCCACCAGCACCACUACCACCACCACCGUCCCCCUGGCCCCCAUCAGCCGCGAGGACUUCUCCGAGCUGGAGAACUUCUCUGAGAUGAUGAGCUUCAAGUCGAUGGAGGACCUGGUCAACGAGUUCGACGAGAAGCUCAACGUCUGCUUCCACAAUUACAACACCAAGACGGAGGGCCUGGCGCCCAUACGCAACCAGUCACACAACCAAGAGGAUGAGGAGCAGCUGCAGGAUGAAGAUGUGUGGGACGCUCUAACUGACAACUACAUCUGCACUUGGGACAGCGCCGACUCAGAGGGACUCAACGGCAAUCUGUCUGAGCAGGAGAUCCACGAAAAAGAGGAGGAGGAGAUGAACGAGAAGAAUGACAAUGCCAACUGCCUGAAUGAAGAGCCUCUCAUCACAGCUGAUCAGGUCAUUGAGGAGAUAGUUGAGAUGAUGGAGAACUCUCCAGAUCCUGGAGAAACCGAGGAGGAGGACGAGGAAGAGAUCAGCCACUGCUCCACCAGGACCAACCCCUCCCUGCUGGAGGAGAUCAGACAGCUGUCCCAGGCCUCCAACAACAACUGCUCCUAUGAAGGUUUGAGUCUGAUGCCCAGCUCAGCGCUGGUGGAGCUGCUGCACCGGGUGGAGGCUGCAAUCCGUGAGUACUCGGAGGAGCUAGUGAGCCAGCUGGCUCGGCGUGAUGAGCUGGAGUUCGAGAAGGAGGUGAAGAACACGUUCAUCACGGCCCUGAUGGAGGUGCAGAACAGGCAGAAGGAGCAGCGAGACAGCAGCAAACGCAGACGCAGAGACAAGGCUCUGAGUCUGCAGGGGCCGGGGACGGUGCCAGCUGUCAACGCAGGGAAUACAGCCUCCACGGCCCGCACGGAGAAGACAGGGACCAUGCCUGUCAAGCGUUUCAGCAUGGAAGGACUGUCCAACAUCCUGCAGACGGGCAUCAGACAGACAUUUGGAAGCACAGGGAGUGACAAACAGUAUCUAAACACAGUUAUUCCAUUUGAGAAGAAAAGCACCCCUCCAUCUGUUGACGACCUGCAGAUGCUCACAAAAAUUCUUUUUGCCAUGAAGGAGGACAGUGAGAAGGUGCCUACACUGCUAACUGACUACAUAUUAAAAGUCCUGUGUCCUACCUAAAGCACCGCCAGGCCAGGGGCCACAGCGUGACGGAGACUUCUUCCUCCCCCGGGGGCUUUUUUUUCCAACCCUCCUCGCCUCUGGCCCGAGCUGCAUGCCCCUCCUCUCUUUUACCAUUAUCAACCAUGGAUACUCACCAUUACCAUCGGCAUUAUCGUAUUCACCUCAACUAUGACAACUGCCUUCCGCUGAGCUCACCUUCUCCUCCUCCUCUCCUGCACAUUAAGCUCAGGCC